UCAUUUUUUUAUAAUUUCAGCCAUUCUGUCUGAUUCACUUCGUCCACCUUUUUCCGAUUCACAUCCAUCGCCUGGCUUACUCCAUGUCACCGGAAAACUCUCCCCCAGCCGCCGACUCUGUGAGUUCAUCCCCCAACAUACCCAUCUCCUGGCCCCCGGACGGAUCCCUUACGCGCGAGUGGAUAGACGACCUCACCGCCGCCUUCGAGUGGUCUUCUAGGAAUCUUCUCCCUUCCGACCUGCCAUCUGUUUUUCCCUUUGAUGUUCUCCACCACCUGGUUCUUGCUGCAUCGAACAUCCUUCAUCAGGAACCCAACUGCGUUCAUAUCGAUCCUCCCGCCGGAGAUGAAGCCCGCGGCGGCGGUAGGGUGGUGGUUGUGGGCGAUGUUCAUGGCCAACUUCAUGAUGUUUUGUUUCUUCUGCGUGAUGCGGGAUUUCCCUCCGAGGAGCGCACUUUUGUGUUUAAUGGAGAUUACGUUGAUAGAGGGGCUUGGGGCCUGGAGACUUUUCUGCUUCUCCUUGCUUGGAAGGUAUACUUGCCAAAUCGAGUGUUUCUUCUUCGUGGCAAUCAUGAGUCCAAGUAUUGCACUUCAAUGUAUGGAUUUGAGAAAGAGGUGAUAACUAAGUUUGGAAACUUAGGGCAGCAGGUGUAUAGGAAAUGUUUAAGGUGCUUCGAAGGUCUUCCCUUGGCUACCAUUAUAGCAAGUUGUGUAUAUACUGCUCAUGGAGGACUUUUCCGCACUGUGGCUGUUAUUCCAUCCAAGAGGUUAAAAGGAAAAAAGGGUCGAAAGUUGAGAAGCCCCACAGGAAGGGCUUCAUUAAAGCUUGGAUCAUUAGAGGAGCUUUCUAGGGCACGACGAACUGUUCUUGACCCUCCAUUGGAAGGUUUGAAUCUUAUACCUGGAGAUGUACUAUGGUCGGAUCCCUCUUCUAGCAUGGGUUUAUCUCCAAAUAAAGAGCGUGGCAUUGGUUUAUUAUGGGGACCGGAUUGUUCGGAGUAUUUCCUUUCAAAAUACCAAUUAAAGUUGAUUAUUAGGUCACAUGAAGGACCCGAUGCAAGAGAUAAAAGGCAUGAUAUGAAGGGAAUUCAAGAUGGAUACGCAAUUGAUCAUGAGGUUGAUUCAGGAAAACUGAUUACCCUUUUCAGCGCCCCAGAUUAUCCUCAAUUUCAGGCUACUGAUGUGCGAUACAAGAAUCGUGGUGCAUAUAUUGUUUUGCAACCGCCAGAUUUUGCUACUCCUGAGUUCCAUACCUUUGAAGCUGUCAAACCGAGGCCUGAGGUCAAUCCUUAUUAUGAUUUUAAAGAAGUAAUUGACUCUGAUGAAGAGCUGGAUUUUGAAUCCAUGGACCACAGCUCAGUAGCCAGCACUUGAAGCCAGGUUUGCUUAUGGUUGAUUUUUUCUUUUGUUUUUUUGUUUUUUCAACCAUAUUUUCUUUUAAUAUAAAAUUCGAAAAUUGAAAAAGUUUAAGCCAGGGCCGUAAGGCAUUAUUUUUGUAUGAUUAAUCUGUUAGCUCAUGCUAAAUUGGUUUCCAUGACCCCCUUUUUUUCUUGUAAUCUGAAUGGGAGCCACGCAUCAUUUACAUAUUGUAUCUUAUCUUCUUUCUAAGUCAUUAAUUUUGUGGUUUGAAUUAUUUGCCCACAGCUCCCAUCCCAUAUUCUUCUUUCUGAAUUCUUCGAGCACACACACACACACAUAUAUAUAUAGAGCCCCGGUCAUCCCAUUCGCCUAAGAAUUCGAGUACCACACCCGACACUCUGGGGGGAAUCGAACCCCAGAUCAGAGGGGACUUACAACUGACAAGUAGAUGCCCGACCGACUGAUCUGAGUACGCGGCGCGUAUAUAUAUAUAUACAUAUAUAUUGUGCGCGCGCGCGCGCUCGCACUGGCUGGCUCGUUGGUUGGAAGAGUGAGUAAGUCCCCUGAGGUAUUGGGGAGGAUCGCCUCGAAUAAAAGAGGUCUUA